CAUUAGAGAUACAGGGCACGACCCAGAAUCUGCUGCUGUAAAUGAAUUCCAGGAAAAGUUCAAAUUAAAUCUGAUGAAGAAGUUUCAGUUCUUGAAUGGAGUGAUAAUAAACCUGGGAACCCAAACACUCCUGAAUGAGAUCUACACAGAGCUCUACAUCACAGAGGGAGACAGUGGAGAUGUCAAUAAUGAACAUGAGGUGAGGCAGAUCGAAGCAGCAUCCAGGAGAGCAACAACAGAGGACACACCAGUCAAAUGCAAUGACAUCUUUAAGCCCUUAUCUGAACGAGACGAACCCAUCAGAUCUGUGCUGACAAAGGGAGUCGCUGGCAUCGGAAAAACUGUCUCUGUGCAGAAGUUUAUUGUGGACUGGGCUGAAGGGAAAGCAAAUCAGGACGUCCACCUCAUAUUUCCACUUCCUUUCAGAGAGCUGAAUUUGAUGAAGGACCAGAAACUGAGUCUGAUGGAGCUCCUUCAUGUCUUUUUUAAAGAAAUAAAAGAAACAGAAAUGUUCAGUUUGGAAAAAGUUCUGUUUAUUUUUGAUGGAUUGGACGAGUGUCGUUUUCCUCUUGAUUUCCAGAACACAGUAAGAGUGUGUGAUGUAACUGAAUCAGCAUCAGUGCCUGUGCUGCUGAUAAACCUGAUCAAAGGGAAUCUGCUUCCCUCUGCUCUCAUCUGGAUCACCUCCCGACCUGCAGCAGCUGAUCAAAUCCCCUCUGAGUGUGUCCAUCGAGUCACAGAGGUACGAGGGUUCAAUGACCCACAGAAGGAGGAGUACUUCAGGAAGAGGAUCCGUGAUCAGAGCCUGGCCAAUAACAUCAUCACACACCUGAAGUCAUUAAGGAGCCUCUACAUCAUGUGUCACAUCCCAGUCUUCUGCUGGAUUUCAGCCGCUGUUCUAGAGAGAAUCUUAUGUAAAGCAGAGAGUGGAGAGAUCCCCAAGACUCUGACUCAAAUGUACACACACUUCCUCAUCAUUCAGAUAAACAUCAUAAGAGAAAAGUACUCAAAGAAGCAGGAGAGAGAUGAAGAAAUGCUUCUUAAACUGGGACAACUGGCUUUUGAGCAGCUGGAGAAAGGGAACCUGAUCUUCUAUGAGGAAGACCUGAGAGAGUGCGGCAUUGAUGUGAGAGAAGCAUCAGUGUACUCAGGUGUGUGUACGCAGAUCUUCAGAGAGGAGUUUGGGCUUCACCAGAGUAGAAUGUACUGCUUUGUUCAUCUGAGCAUUCAGGAACACCUCGCAGCUCUGUAUGUGCACCUGAUGUUCAGGAUGAAGAAGAGAAAUGUUCUUAAAAAGAGUCUGGCUUUUAAAUUUUACAUUACAGUUUUAUAUAUCCACAAGUGUGCUGUAGAUGAAGCUUUAAAAAGUCAGACUGGACAUCUGGAUCUUUUCCUUCGCUUUCUUCUGGGUCUCUCAUUAAAAUCCAAUCAGAAACUCUUACAGGUCUUAGUACCACAGACAGGAAGUAGCUCCCAGAGCACAGAGGAAACAGUUCAGUACAUUAAGUGGAAGAUCAGUAGAGAACGUUCUACAGAGAAAUCCAUCAAUCUGUUCCACUGUCUGAAUGAACUGGGUGAUAAUUCUUUAGAAGAAGAAAUCCAACACUACCUGAAAUCUGGAAAACAAAGUGAACUCUCUUCAUCACAGUGGUCUGCUCUGGUGUUUGUGUUACUGACAUCAGCACAGGAGCUGGAGGAAUUUGACCUGAAUAAAUAUUUCAGUCCAGAUAAGAUAACAGAUGAUGUUCUUCUGAAGCUGAUGCCUGUGAUUGCAGCAACCAGAAAAGCAAUUAUCAGGUGUGAUGAAGUUGGAGUGAAAAGUUGGUCAGCUCUGGUCUCAGCACUCAACUCAGAAACCUCCAAUCUGAGAGAACUGCAUCUGACUGUGAAAACACUGAAUCUGUCCAACAGUCCACUAGGAGACUCAGGAGUAAAGACUCUCUCUGCUGUACUGGAGAAUCCUCACAGUAAAGUGGAAAGUCUGAGGUUGUGGGGUUGUGGUGUCUCAGAUGAAGGCUGUGCUGCUCUGACUUCAGCUCUGAGAUCAAACCCCUCACACCUGAGAGAACUGAAUCUGACGGUUAAUAAUGUAGGAGACUCAGGAGUGAAGUGUCUCUGUGCUGUACUGGAGAAUCCUGACUGUAAACUGGAGACACUGAGGUUGUGUGAUUGUGGUGUCUCAGAUGAAGGCUGUGCUGCUCUGACUUCAGCUCUGAGAUCAAACCCCUCACACCUGAGAGAACUGAAUCUGACUAAUAAUAAAGUAGGAGACUCAGGAGUGAAGUGUCUCUGUGCUGUACUGGAGAAUCCUCACUGUAAACUAGAGAAACUGAGGUUGUGGUCUUGUGGUGCCUCAGAUGAAGACUGUGCUGCUCUAACUUCAGCUCUGAUAUCAAACCCCUCACACCUGAGAGAACUGAAUCUGACUAAUAAUAAAGUAGGAGACUCAGGAGUGAAGUAUCUCUGUGCUGUACUGGAGAAUCCUGACUGUAAACUGGAGACAAUGAAGAAGAGUAAACCUAAAGAAAAGGGACUUUACUGGGAGAAGGUAAAUGCCGAUGCCAAGCCGAGAUAUUUUGAGGAACUUGUAGAGAUCAAAACAUCGAUCCGUAUGACCUGGUUACGUGGUUGUGGUAUCUCAGAUGAAGGCUGUGCUGCUCUGACUUCAGCUCUGAGAUCAAACCCCUCACACCUGAGAGAACUGGAUCUGACUAAUAAUAAUGUAGGAGACUCAGGAGUGAAGUGUCUCUGUGCUGUACUGGAGAAUCCUGACUGUAAACUGGAGACACUGAGGUUGAAGUGGUGUGGUGUCUCAGAUGAAGGCUGUGCUGCUCUGACUUCAGCUCUGAGAUCAAACCCCUCACACCUGAGACAACUGGAUCUGUCUAAUAAAAUAUUAGGAGACUCAGGAGUGAAGUGUCUCUGUGCUGUACUGGAGAAUCCUGACUGUAAACUGGAGACACUGAGGUUGUGUGAGUGUGGUGUCUCAGAUGAAGGCUGUGCUGCUCUGACUUCAGCUCUGAGAUCAAACCCCUCACACCUGAGAGAACUGGAUCUGACCAAGAAUAAUAAAGUACGAGACUCAGGAGUGAAGUGUCUCUGUGCUGUACUGGAGAAUCCUGAAUGUAAACUGGUGAAACUGGGGUUGUAUAAGUGUGGUGUCUCAGAUGAAGGCUGUGCUGCUCUGACUUCAGCUCUGACAUCAAACCCCUCACACCUGAGAAAACUGGAUCUGUCUGAGAAUAAAGUAGGAGACUCAGGAGUGAAGUGUCUCUGUGCUGUACUGGAGAAUCCUGACUGUAAACUGGAGACACUGAGUAUCAGGUGUGAUAAAGUUGGAGUGAACAGUUGGUCAGCUCUGGUCUCAGCACUCAACUCAGAAACCUCCAAUCUGAGAGAACUGCAUCUGACUGUGAAAACACUGGAUCUGUCCAAAAGUACACUAGGAGACUCAGGAGUAAAGACUCUCUCUGCAGUACUGGAGAAUCCUCACAGUAAAGUGGAAAGUCUGAGGUUGUAUAAUUGUGGUGUCUCAGAUGAAGGCUGUGCUGCUCUGACUUCAGCUCUGAGAUCAAACCCCUCACACCUGAGAGAACUUGAUCUGCCCUAUAAUAAUGUAGGAGACUCAGGAGUGAAGUGUCUCUGUGCUGUACUGGAGAAUCCUGACUGUAAACUGGAGACACUGGGGUUGCAUGGUUGUGGUGUCUCAGAUAAAGGCUGUGCUGCUCUGACUUCAGCUCUGAGAUCAAACCCCUCACACCUGAGAGAACUGGAUCUGACUGAUAAUUAUUAUGUAGGAAACUCAGGAGUGAAGUGUCUCUGUGCUGUACUGGAGAAUCCUCACUGUAAACUGGAGACACUGAGGUUGUGGUCUUGUGGUGUCUCAGAUGAAGGCUGUGCUGCUCUGACUUCAGCUCUGAGAUCAAACCCCUCACACCUGAGAGAACUGAAUCUGUCUAAUAAUAAUAAUGUAGGAGACUCAGGAGUGAAGUGUCUCUGUGCUGUACUGGAGAAUCCUCACUGUAAACUGGAGACACUGAGGUUGUGGUGUUGUGGUGUCUCAGAUGAAGGCUGUGCUGCUCUGACUUCAGCUCUGAGAUCAAACCCCUCACACCUGAGAGAACUGAAUCUGACCUUGAAUUAUAAAAUAGGAGACUCAGGAAAGAAGCUGCUCUCUGCUCUUAAGGAUGAUGAACAUUACAAACUACAGACACUGGAGUGA